AUGAAAGAGAAACAAAAGUUAAACCUCUAACCUUUGGUAAAUUCUCAAAUUAGGUUUAGAUUCAUGGGUUUCUGUUAUUUCUAAGUAAAUAGAUACUACUGCCAUCAGUCUAAUUGGAAAUAGAAUUAGAGAAGAUGCAGAUGAAAAAUCAAAGGACAAAAUCCUUAAAAAUAGGUAAAUUACCAUCAUUAAUUAUACAUAGUGUAAGACCUUACGAUCUACUCAUUUAUUGUUAUGAAUUAGAAUCUCAAAGACUUUAACAAUUUCCUCAAUAAAGAUAAGUUGCUACAUUUUCACCUUAGUAACAACAAGAUGAAGAAAUACCUUAGAAAUCAACAGUCUAACCUAUCUAAUAAUAAUAAAACAAAAAUAAUCAAAAUAGUCCAAUCUCUAUACCAAAAUGAAAUAAGUUGUCUUAAUUCAUGAAAACCUUGCAUCGAAUUAUAAUAAAUUAGCCAUUUUUGCUUAGUAGACCUAAGCCUUGUUGUCUAAAGUUUUAAUUCAAGUAAUUUCUCCUUUUAUUUUAGAUCAAACAAGGAUAAUAAUUGGAUGAAUCCGAAAUAUAAG